AUGGUAGGUUGCGCUUCUAUGUUAGUUUCCGAAUUUCUAGGCCUCUGGUGUUACAUGCAAGGAUGAUUGCCUCGAUAAGUUCACUGAAUUGAAAUUGAAGAAGUCGUGCCGCUAUGUCCUCUACAAAAUCGUAAAUGAGAAGGAGAUUGUCAUCGAUAAAGUUGGCGACCGGGGUAUGUUCAGGUUUUCGUUGUUACCUGUCAGCUUGCACUUUCGAAAACUUCAAAGAUGAACUGAAGUCUUGCCUGAACGAAGCUCGUUAUUCAGUCCUUGAUUUUGAGCCAUCUGAGAACAAGCCGAGCCUUAUUUUCGUGACCUGGUAAGUAUGACCUACGUGAUAAUUGUUACCAGGAUUCCGGACACUGCCACUGUUCGCACGAAGAUGUUGUACGCUUCCUCUUUGGAUGCUCUCAAAAGCAAAUUAGUUGGCAUAAAAGCCGUCAUCCAACUUACGGCCAUCGAUGAUGUGACACAUGACUACUUCUGCAGCUGUUUGCCGGCGCCCCGCAAUUAA